UUUAUCGUUAUCAGUAUUCAGCUGCUGUUGCUCACUGUUGUGGAGUUCAUAGAAUGAGUAAAAACAUAACAAUUACCUAAAUAAGGUAAAGUGAUGUAUGCUUACUGAACUACACCUUUGUCGAUAGUUAAAUUCAAAGAUAUCCGUACAUAUCUGCUUUGGUUGAGUUUGUUUAUUGAUGAAGAAAUAUAACACUUGCUUACCUUGAGGUGGUGCCUGAAAUAAAACAUGUCUGAAACAAAUAAUGAUGAUAAACAGAAGAUUAUGGUCAUAGAAUACAAUGACAAAAUGGAUAUUGAUGCCAAAAAUAUUAGACUAGAAGAAAUUGUACUGGACUCUUCUAGUGAAAAUGACAGUCACGCAGGAGAUGAGACCAAAGAGAUUAUCAUUGAAUUGGUAGAAAUAGAGCCAGAUGAAGUAAUAGUUAAAGUACCUGGACCAGAUGAAAUGUCCAUAGAUACACCAAAUGCAUCUAUUGCAGAACUUACUGUCAGAAGGUUGGAUGAGGUAGAGAGUGGGCAGCAAGAGAAAACAAAAGCUCUAGAAGUGGACCCAGUCCCAGGAUCCUCAACUGUUUCUGAAGUAUCUUUAAUACCUCAAAAGGAAAGUGUUCAGCUGUUUGCAGAGGACACUGGCCCUCAACUAUAUGAUGCUAAAUGUCCAUUAGUCACAUUACCUAUCAUCACUAAGAACCUGCCAAAAGUAUUUCAAUACCUCCCCGUACAUGGUAAGCCACAAGACAAAAAUAUGAAGGACUUCUUUUCAAAUAAAAUUAAAGAAUUUGUCGGAAGUGGCCUCACUGAUGAUGAGUUUCAAGAGUUAGAAGAUUACUGCAGUCCGAAUCAUUUAAAAACAGGAAGAGAGAUAGUGAUGGGAACAAAUGUCCCGGUAAUGGGUGUUGUGAGCGGGAAUAUAAAACACAACCUGGAUGAGCCUCCGGAGGUAAUUGAGGACCCAGAUCUCUGUAUACUGAAGAAGAAUAAACAACGUAUAGAGAAGGAUAAAAAGGGAUUGUUCACGAAGAAACUUAAAUACAGAGGAGUACGGAACCUGCCUUUUACACAGGAGAUGUAUCACAAUCUGCCCACAGCUAAGCCUGCAGUAGAGGUACCUGAUGUUGACCUUGAGCCCGGUAAAGACGUUCUGUACCGAGUUAGGGUCUACAGGCCUUAUACUUAUAGCAUGGUUAAAGAAAGAUUCACCCGCACCCGCCACUCAGUGUUCUGCUACGACAUAAUACUGACGGGGCGACACAGGCUGUCGGAGCUGCGCGACCGGUUCGUCUGCCACAACGACUUCGACAUGAGGGUCGAUGUCUCCAACAACCCCGACAUACUGCCCAGUGCUAAGGCCAAGGAGCUGUUCCCAUCAGGCUUCCUGUUCAUAAACAACGUGUUCUACGUGGACACGCGGGAAGGGUGCGUGGACUACAGCGAGCCUAUACGAGAGUGGGCCAUUAAGAAGGACCUCGGCAACUUCCCCAAGAAAGACAUGUGUCAAGUUAAAUUGGAAGAUCUUGUACUGAAGUUGGGGUAUCCGGAGGUGUACGUCCACCAAGGGAACUGCGAACACGUAUUUUUAUUCUCAGAAGUACGGUUACUGAACCCAACGGAUCCACUGCGUCUUUCCAACUACCCCUGUUCAACGGCCAUUGCGCAGAACCAAACCGUAUACUGCACUACUUGCGCAGAAUUCUCAGCUAAAUGGAUCGUGGUGGGGUGUAGUCGGGUGCCCUUCGAUCCAGCCUUCUUCUGCGAGACCUGUUUCAAACAGUACCUUUACAAAGACGGUAAAAAGAUCGGUGAUUUCAAAGCUUAUUCUUAUAGAGGAAAUGCUUUGAAUGUUCUUAAGCCUUGAAGAAGAUGGCUGACAAUGUAAUAUGUUUCUUAUUCCUUAGUAAUAAAGCCUAUGAGGUACAUCACAACUGUGUUGGUGACUUGCUGGUCCACCAAAUGUAUGUGAUGAAUAAAUAAAUGUGAUAAUGAGAAGUUGACAAUAAGAGAAGAACUAUCAGUAUACAUACAUCUAGUCUACUGUAAUUUAGUAUGGACUACAAUAACGCGACGUCUUGCGUGAGCGAUCUAGGAGCGAACGCAAAGCGGUGCGGUCACACGCGAAUUCAACGCGAUGCGGUGUGACGCGGCGGCUAUAUACUACGUGCAUGUCAAUCGUUUCGUUUUGAUUCUGUUUCCGUUGUUAUAAUCACAAACGUGGCGACACCGCGGCCAGCUCGCGCGAAAAUAUCAAGCCAAGUAACCUACGUUGAAGCCGUAGGCCACGUCACACGACAAUACAGCACCGGAUCGCCUUCGCGUCUAGUCCGUUUAUGCAGGACGUCGCGAAUAGAAUCGUUUGUUUAUUUGUUUGCAUUGAGGCUCGGAAACUACUAGAGCUAUUUGAAAUAUUCUCACACUACAAAAGUUUACUAUAAAAGGAUCGGAUCAAGACCUACGCUAAAAAGGCCACUUGAUGACACGGACGGAGUUGCAGGCAUAGCUAGUGUAUAUUAUUGUAAUAUUUUAAAACUACUUAAACUUAGGUGUAAUUUCCCAAGAUAAGUGUAAUUAGUUAAUUGGAAAUGAGACUGGUAGAAAAUAUUGGGUGAUAUUAUUUUUAUUUGUAUAUAGGAGAGGAGGAGAAAAUACUAAGAUGCCCCAAUUUGUUAAAAAUAUAUGAGAUAUAAAGUAAACACAAUGUUUCUCUGAAAAUCUUAUAUUGUUCAGAGGUAACUAAUAUCUUUGUUAUUAGUAAACUCUAUUCACAAGUAUAUCUUUCCAUUUGUUUUAAUAUUUUUUAUAUAAAAUAUAAAAUAGUAUUUUACUUAUUCCGCCAUCAACUCAUAUGUCAUGUGCGCCCCCGUGUUCCACGGAAAACUUACGAACUGAAAUGACAUUGAAGAAGAUUGUUUUUCAAACACUGAUAAAUUGGUAAAUUAAUAAUUUACUACCGAACAUAUUUUAAAAAUAUAACCAAAAUGUAUCCAUGUGUGUAUAUUGCAUAACACUUUGCAAGUUGUUGGGAAAUUUUGAAUCUCAAACCUGUAAAAUAUGUUUUUAAACAGAAAAGGGCGAUAACACUAUUUGUACAUUACAUAUCGUAUAUACUAAAAUAUUGUAUGGUAUAGACAGGAUUCUAUACACAUUUUUGUUGCCAAACUGAAAUAAACUUUUUAAGUCAUGAUUU